AUUCUGGAAGAGAACUGUCACGCGUCUAUGUCGCCCAGUCUUUUGCGCUUGAUGGAUUCUUGAAAUUGAUCUUGGCCUUUUGUAUCACCUUUUUUUCUAUUCCCACCCUUAUGCAAGACCCGGUUUGCUUUUUUCCUAGGCCGGAAGGCCGGUGAAGAACGGCAGAUAGAAGAUAUGUCACCAUCACCUGGAGAUGAGGCGUCGUCACCCCAGGAUGCUAAGAACACUGGCGGUAUCGCCAGUGUCUUCAAAGGUCUUACCGGUGUUGCCAAGUUAACAAAAUCCCCUCCGGCUCCCGUACAGUCAUCCGGUGCCUCUAUCAAUGCGCAAAUCGCCGAACGCCUCAAUACUACACAGAACGUCCUCCGUGGUUUACCGCCUCAGCAUACCGAGUCAUUCGAAUUGCUAAAGAACGGAUCGAUGAACGAGCGAGUUCAAGCAGCUAAUACUUUGCGCCGUACCGUCGUGGAUUAUCCUUUCAACCCCGUUCUGGAUAUUUGGUAUGCUGCAAAAGACUUGGUCGAUCCUACGAAUCCCAGAGCGACUCGGUAUUCCGGUUGGGAGCUUCUAAGGGAAUGUGUAAAACAUGCUUCUUCAACUGAUUUGGAACGCAACGAAUACUUCCAAACCAUAUCUGCUGGUGCCAACCCGGAAGAUUUCCAUCUACAGCUAGCUGCUCUGGUUGACUUGACGAAACGUGCCCGAAAUCUAUCCGGUUUCGAUUACGAUGUGUUUCCUCUCCUGUCACGAUGGCUCCAAGAAGCAUUUGAUGCCGUGCGAGCUGCAAGGGGCACUGCUAAGAAACAAGGGCCUCGAGUGAAGGGGAAGGCAUUAGCGACUGGGGAAGAUCGGAAUUUUGUGGAUCUAUUCAACUUUAUUACUGAUGUAAUAAAGUUCAAUUUCAAUGUUGCUGAUGAUGCAGCCGCCGAAGUUUUGAUAGACAGAUUACUGGAUAUCUGCAUGAACACCAGUGUUGAAGAGGACCUGCAAGCAUGUAUCGGCGUUCUGGAUGCUAUCGUGACCUUUGGAGCGAUUCCUGGCGACAAGUUAAAGAGCUGUGUUCAUGUUCUUUGCUCUAUACAUUGUCUCGUUCCUAGUCUUCAGAAAGAUGCAUGGCAUACUAUUGGCAUUUUGUGUCGAUCACACAACGGACAUACUACUGUACGACUAUUACUCGAUGUUUUGACAAGUAUCCCAGAAAAUGCAGAUAAGAAAAAGGAGGUUGUUCGGGAGGUCCGGGGCGCUUUAUCAGUACUUACCAAGCUCGUGUCGAAGAGUUCCGAGAAGGGAUAUCCGACUGUCCCAUAUGCUCUCCUGGUCGACGGCCUAUCAGCAGUGGUCAAGGCUACCACUGCUUGGAAAAUACAUCUCGAUAUAAUACGGUUAACGAACUCGCUUUUGUGUGACAGCCGUGGCAAAAUUAACACCAUGUUGGUCGAUGAAGACUGGACUCCCGUAUUUGAUGUUGUGGUCACGUGUGCCGAGACCGUCGUCACGUCGUUGUCUAAAUCUGAGAACGUCGUCGAGUCGCUACUAUCUCCUGCAGAUAACGAUUCCGCCGAAAGUAUGCUUGCUCGGGAACUGAUGAGGCUUAUACACCGACUUGAAGUUAUUCUCGUGGAUGAACCCGGUGGUACCACGCAAAAGCAGGAAGGAGUACCUCCGGACCAGACUGACAGUAGUAGCCAGAAGUUGGAGGUAUCGCAGGCGGAACAAACCAACACGCUCGUGCAAAGACAAGACUGUAUCCUCUUCUUUACUAGGAUCCACCGCGCUCUUCCUAAUUCGGCAGCGACGUUGGUUCUUGAAUAUUUCAAGAAAUUCCGAUGCUGUUCUCCAUCCGAUCCUUGCUGGGAGACGAAUCUGAAUUUAGUGUUGGAUGCGUUCUUGGCGGAUAGAAAGCGAUCAACUGACGUUCGCCUACGAGCCUUACAGGCAUUCACAGAAGUUUAUGACAUGAUUGAACUCAUCAAUGAUCAAUUUGAGCCGGACUUUAUACCGGAAUUGGUGAAGCGCCUGCUAUCAGACGUGGCCGGAGAGACGGACAUUGUGUUGUUGCAGGACGUCGUGUCGUUCUCUGCCUCUGUUGCUAGCACUGCGAACUUCGCUCUUUUCUCCUAUAUUGUCGACACGCUCCAAGGUAUAACAAGUAAAGAUCGGUUACGAUCAUCCCUAUCUUCGCUCUCCAUUAAUUCAGAUCCACCGUCUGCGUUCCAAUCCACGAAACCUAAUACUAGUCAAACGCCGUCUAACGUAGUUACGCGUGGCUACGUGCAGAUAUUCUUGCGUGUACUAAAUUAUGAUGCUGCCAAGUCGACACGAUUAUUUCGGAUUCUCGUAUCAAUAGCGGAAUCUACCUCUAGUGAGACAGACGCUCGGAUCGCCGCAAUGCAGCUUCUGUUUCGAUUGAGGGCAGAUUGGGCAAACCGUAUAUUCGUCACAUCAUACACCGAAACGAGCAGUCUGGCCACUUCGUUAUAUAGGACUGAAGAAUCGAUAGCACGGAAGAUUGCUGAAGAAGCGUCGUAUAUGGGGAGGGCCUCGAGGACUGAUACCGCCGGAUCUGCUCGUUCAUCUCGUGGCAUAUCUCUUGGGCAGGGCCAACUUCAAGACCGUGGAUACCCAUUUAGGUCAGCAAGUGGUAGCAAACUAGCUGCCAAUUCAUACCAACAGCUAUGGGUUGUUUCUGAAGCCAAUCCUUUGCCUGAAGCUCCGCCUCAAGCCGCGAGCACGGUGCUUUAUUGUGGCAUUUCCAACGACACAAGUGAAGCAGGCGAUUCGGCGCAAGUUACAGUCCUUGAAACCAAGUUAUGGCUCAGGGUGGUUCUGAGCUUGUUGCAAAAAGGUUGCGACUGGGAGGUCUACAGUUUCAUUCUUGUUCACUUGCCUUCGCAGUUGAGUAAUCAUGCUAUCUUUCGGAAUUCUGUGGAGCAGAUACAGGAGUUGAGGCGAACGGUUUGCGAACAAAUCAAAACGAAUAAUUUUCAGGAACCUCCAAGUGUCUAUGGACUACGCCGAGCAGACGUCGCUAUUUGCCUAUUCCAUACUUUGACUAUGAUCCUCAGCUAUCACCAAUACUUUCAGAAGGCAGAGGAAGACGAGAUUGUUCGCGCGUUCGUACAUGGCAUAGCGACAUGGGAAAGAAGUGCGAAAUGCUGUAUACACGCUCUUACGAUAUGCUGCCACGAGCUCCCAUCAUCAACCGGCAAGGCUCUCGUUACGAUAUUACAAAAGAUGGCGCAAAUCAUCACCCAGCCAUACGUCGCUAUGCACAUCCUAGAGUUCCUAGCUUGUCUUAGUAGACUGCCUUCUCUAUAUGCAAACUUCCGUGAGGACGAGUAUCGCAUCGUUUUUGGAAUUUCCUUCCGAUAUUUACAAUACGUACGAGGGAAGAAGCAAGCGUACAGAAUGAGCACGAAUAGCGAUGUGUCGGCUCCCCAAGGCGAUAUACAGUUCAACCCGAACUCGUCAGAUGAUCUACCUCAAUAUGUGUAUACAUUAGCAUACCAUGUCAUCGUAUUUUGGUUCUUAGCUUUGAAACUCCCCGACCGCGCCAAUCAUGUUACUUGGAUUGCAAAGAAUUUGUUUACGGAUGUGGACGGAUCUCAAGUCACGGACGAACAAGCGCAACUCACCAUGGAUUUCAUGCAAAGAGUUGCAUACGCUGAUGUCGAUGAAUCCGCAGCGGACCCAUUGUUCACUGCCAACAGGUUCGGUGAGAUACUCAAGAGGAGAUGGUUGAUUGGUAACAGCAUCGUUACAAUUGAACAAGCUACCGCCGCUGGCUGGGCGCAGAUCACAAAACGGCAGCCGUCCGGAACAUCAUCUUAUACUAUUCGUGAGCUUUUCAGACCACCUCCUGCUCACCAACGUCCUAUGAACGAUAGUGCAAGAGAUAGCCAUGCAUCGCCUGCGAAUAGCGUUUUGCCAAACCAUCUACUCGUACAACUCUUGUCUUCUAUGCCACAAGGCAAUGAUCUUUCGCGUCCUAUUCCACUUCCAGAAGACGAGGGGAUCGAUAGAGCUAUUAGGAUGUUCGACCACAAUUCAACCGUGGAUGGCCACAAAGUUGGUGUAGUAUAUAUCGGAGAAAAUCAAUCGACAGAAUCAGAAAUUCUGGCGAAUAUUACAGGUAGUGGGGACUACAUAGAAUUCCUCAAUGGCCUCGGUACAUUAACUAAACUCAACGGAGCUUCCUUCAAUACCCAAGGAUUGGAUCGGCAAUACGACACCGAUGGACAGUAUACGUUUUGCUGGAGAGAUAGAGUGACGGAAAUCGUAUUCCAUGUCACUACACAAAUGCCAACGAACCUGGAAAACGACCCGCAGUGCACUUUGAAGAAGCGUCAUAUCGGUAACGACUUCGUCAAUAUCAUCUUCAAUGAUUCUGGUCUACCAUUCAAAUUUAACACGUUCCCAUCGGAGUUCAAUUUCGUCAACAUUGUGAUUAGCCCAGAAUCGCGUGCUUCGUUCGUCGCUACUAGGCAGAGGACGCCGAAAGAUGUUGAAGAUUCCUUCUACAAAGUUCGCGUGAUGAGCAAACCUGGCUUUCCUGAGAUUUCACCAGCAUCUGAAACCAAGAUUAUCAGCUUAAGAGCUCUGCCUGACUUUAUCCGGCUCCUAGCGCUCAAUGCAUCAGUGUUCUCACUGGUCUGGGCUCAUCGUGAAGGCGGUGAGCAUAUCUCAGCAUGGCGCAACCGGCUGAGGGAGAUCAGGAGGCUCCGUGAUAAAUACGGCCCCAAAAUGGCUCCUCAAGCACCAACUCCCUCGCCGCCAGGGACUGCUCUAGGCCACAUUAAUACCCCCGCAAUCAACACGGCUGCUCAGUUAGAAGCAGCUAGGUCGGGCAACACCGUCCGAGACAGCUUCAGCAGCCUCCGACGGUCCUCCGUCGCUACAUUCUUCUCCGCCUCUAGUGAACAAAAUUCGCACCGUUCAUCGAUGUUGUCGACUGCGACUACAGAUAAUACCGAAGUUAUGACAGUCAACGGAUUGGAUUCACUUGUUGACAGCUUCGACUUCUCUAAAUGGUCAGCUUAAUUACCCUAUUAGUUUGUUAAGCUUUUGUAACCCAUAUUCCUUCUCCUUCCAAUGUUUUGAAACCUGAACUCCCCAAUACUGUAAGAAGGGGGUUCUUAGAGAAGGAAGGCGAAAGGCCAAAUGCAUAUACGAUUUGUCUACGAACGGUUACGGUUUAGGGGCUCUCUGAGAACUACAAAAAAGCAUGGCGUCUGGGCUUGGGAGGAUACCACUGAAGUUUAUUAUUUUUUGUUGCGUUUUUUACUGUUUGUUGCUCUCCUUGUUUUUUUUUUUGUGCGGAACUUUCCUUUCGGAUUGAACAUAUUGAUGGAUUGUACAUGAUGGUCGGGGGGGUUGUUUGUUUGUUUUUGCCUUGCCUGUUGUUAGUAAGCAUAACAGGCUGUCCGCGGCCUCCGAGCCGACGGGCUACCUAAGGUACUUAUGAAAUAUGAACUCUUGCCGGCUGGGCUGAAAUUUACGAAACUUGGUGAUGGGGUUACUCCGUGUGGAAAAGGAAAGGAAAUUGGUAGAUGGAAGUAGGGUCGGGUGGUUGGAAUUAAAAAAAGUUGAGAUCGUUGAUUUUUUUUUGGGGAGCAUGUUACUAUUACUACUAUAAAGAAGAAUUUGGGCACGCUGCCGUUUU